AUGGCUCGUGGUUCUUUCAAUGGAGAAGAAAAUAGUUUGAGAGGUCAACUUAUUCAUCGGAAUUCAACAGAAUCUGCAUUUUACAAUAGUUCUGGCACUCUGUCAGAACUCAUCAAAGAUGCUAUUUUACGAUCUCUUGAUAGAGCCAACUUCUUCCAUUCGUCUAUUCAUAUCAAAGAAAAAACAAUUAUGCCAACGUUAGUUCGACGUACUAGUGACUAUUUUGUGAGGAUUUAUGUUGGCUCUGAACAAGUUGAAGUCCUUGCUCUUGUAGACACAGGGAGUGAUCUUAUAUGGAUAAGAUGUCUACCCUUUGAUACAAAGGCCUUGUUUAAUCCCCACAAAUCCACUACCUAUAAACCCAUUUUUCGUGAUGAUUCUUUUUGCAGGCAUGUGCCGAUGUGGAGGAAUGCACCCCAUUGCCUAUACAAUUUUACUUACUUAGAUGGGUCAUAUUCAUUAGGUAUGUUGAGUAAUGAAACUUUCUACUUAAAUGACACUACUACCGAUGGUAGAGCUAAUUCUUUCCCUCAAUUAGUGUUUGGAUGUGGUCACAAAAAUCACUUGCCUUUUAAGAGUGGUCAUGCUCAAGGUGUCGUUGGCCUUGGUCGUGGUAAUAAGAUUAAAUUUGGAGUGGGAGCAAAGAUCACUGGGCCAGGAAUUGUUGCAUCUAACCUUACAAUCACACAUCCUUCUAUCUUCUACUUCCUCGGUCUUAAAAGUAUUAGCAUUGGAGAUAAGAGAACAAUAAUAAGUCAAACCCUAGGUAAUAUCAUAAUCGAUUCUGGAACACCCCUUACCACAUUGCAUUCAAGCUUUUACAAUGAUUUAGAAGUUAUCGUCAAAAAAAUUAUUGGUGUAGACCCAAUAUCAAAUCCACCAGGAAAUUUAAAAUUGUGCUAUGAACCAAGCUUUGUUGAAGAUGUUUCUUUUCCAGAAAUGACAUUUCAUUUUGAUGGUGCAGACCUUCGUUUACUACCUAUAAACACAUUUAUGGAAUAUAAAGGUUUCCAAUGUAUGAUGAUAAUCUCAGAUGAUAACCUUUCGAUUUUUGGAAGUUUGGCACAAGUGAAUUUUCAAAUAGAGUUUGACCUCGAGGAAAAGCGAAUUUUAUUUGCUCCAACAGAUUGCACCACGUUUGGGCUGAGAGAUUAG